AUGUCCCACCUCUCCCCCAUCGGCACCGCCGUCCUGACCGUCUUCCUCAUAAUGGCCCUCGUCUGCCCUUUGAUCCUCAUCAAGUUUUGGGGUCCUAAACAUGGUGCCUAUGGUCGUCGAGGGAAGCGAGAGUGGGAUGAUGAUGAUCAGUAUGAUCGUCGAAGGAGGAAGAAGAGGGGGACGAGUGCGGGUCCAGGAAGUAAGAAGAGGAGGAAGAGGGGGAUGAUGAGAGAAGAGGAGCGACGCAUGGAGGAGGGAGAAGUGGGGAAUGAAUUGCACAUGCGAUAUAGACCCGAAGGGGAUUGGACUUCUUCCACCUCUCCUACUCCUCUCCCUCAAGCAGGCCAGAUGUAUGCUGGAGCUUACGGACUUCCUCCACCAGGAAACGGACACGGACACGGACACGGACACGGGACUGCUCUCCCGCUAGGAAGGAGCGAGGACAAUCGCGGCAACUAUACCGCCUUGCCCACAGGUAGCGGUACGACUCCCGGCACGCCCCCUCCAGCUACACCUGCACCGCGCUACACACCAGGCGGGUACCGAGCUCCUUCCUCACAGCCGCACACGCCAAGUGGGCUGAGGUGCGCUUCCCUGCCCCACCUGGCGGAGGAGGAGGAGCACGCACUAGGGGCAGCAGGAGCAGGAAGCGCCUACGCCCCAAUCCCGCGGACCGCUCCGUACGUGCCUCCCAGCGGUGGUGCGGGCCAGCAGAGCUCUCGCCCUACCUCCCCAGCAGGUCAAUCCCACUCCAGUUGGCUACGAAAGUCCUCAAAUGCACUCGGACGACCACUGGAGCUGGUCAUAGGGCCUGCACGCUCUCAAGGACGGGGGAGGAAUGACAAUCGGGCGGAGGGCGUGGAGGGUGGUGCUGCUGGUGGCGGAAUUGGUGGGCAAGUGCAACAGUUGGGAGAAUGGAAGAAGGGAGUGCCGUUGAGACCGCUGGAGGCGGUCAUUGCACACCCGGAACGUGCUGGUGAGUGGGAGGAAGAGGCGGCGUCGAUAGCCCUCAGGACCUUCUGA